CUGCACGGUUUUUUUUGCAAAUACCCUCUGCGUUUAUAUUUAUUUGCCGAAUAUAAACUUUGUAUUAAAGUUGAACGCGUCCGUUUAAACGAGUAUUGAAAACAAGUGCGAUAAGACGCGGCAAUACAAAGAUUUACGGCAACACAAUCAAAAAGAGAAAAAGACCGGCAGCAGCUUCCACACAGACGCAUACACACAAACACUUACAUACACGUAUAUACGCAUACACAUGUAGAUUAAUCUAUGAGUGUCGCUAAAAACAAGAAUCAUCUCCCAUUGUGCAAAGACAGCGAGCGCCAGUGAGAGCGAGUGAGCGAGAGAGGAGGAGGAGGUGGAGCAGAAGUAGUAGUAAUAGGUGUCAUCAUCAACACAUUUAGGCCAUGAAGAGCGUACUGAUGGUGGCCGAGAAGCCUUCGCUGGCUGCGUCCCUUGCCGGCAUUCUCUCCAAUGGACGCUGCACGGCAAAGCGAGGGAACAACGGUUGCUCCACUCACGAAUGGACCGGACCCUUUCGUAACGAGGGGAACGUACACUUCCGCAUGACCUCGGUCUGCGGCCAUGUGAUGUCGCUCGAUUUUAUUAGCAAAUAUACCUCAUGGGAUAAAGUGGAUCCCGUCCAGCUGUUCGAUUGCCCAACAGAGAAAAAGGAAUGCAAUCCCAAGCAGCAGAUGCGUUCGUUUCUGUCGCAUGAAGCUCGCGGUUGUGACUAUCUCGUCUUGUGGCUCGAUUGCGACAAAGAGGGCGAAAACAUCUGUUUCGAAGUGAUGGAUGCAGUGCAGCACGUCAUACACAAUGUGUACAGCAAAAAUGUCACAUAUCGCGCGCACUUCUCGGCCAUCACGGACAAGGAUAUCAAGGGCGCGAUGGAGUCGCUGGGACAUCCCAAUGAGAACGAGGCCAAAUCUGUGGAUGCACGACAGGAGCUGGAUCUGCGUAUCGGCUGUGCCUUUACGCGCUUUCAAACGAAAUUCUUUCAGGGCCGCUACGGCGAUCUGGACUCAUCGCUCAUCUCCUACGGCCCCUGUCAGACGCCGACGUUGGGCUUCUGUGUGAAGCGACACGACGAUAUACAAUUGUUUAAGCCCGAAACCUUUUGGUAUUUGCAACUGCUUGCCGGCCAGCCGGAGGUAACGCUCGAGUGGGCGCGCGGGCGUGUCUUCAAAAAGAAUAUUGCCAUCAUGCUGCUGAAUCGCGUCAAGGAGCACAAGGAGGCGACCGUGGAGAGCGUUAGCAGCAAGGAGGCAUUUAAGAGCAAGCCUCAGGCCUUGAACACGGUGGAGCUGAUGCGAAUCUGCAGCUCUGGCUUGGGCAUUGGUCCGUUUCAGGCCAUGCAAAUUGCGGAGCGUCUAUAUACUCAGGGCUAUAUCAGCUAUCCGCGCACAGAGACCAAUCAGUAUCCGGAGAACUUUGAUCUGCACGCCGUGCUGCGGCUGCUGCAGCCGUCGGGCGAUUUCGGCGACGAGGCUCGCGCCAUUUCGAGCGAUUUUCAAACACCGCGCAAGGGCAAAGAUGCGGGCGACCAUCCGCCGAUAACGCCCAUGAAGCUGGGCCAGCGCAACGACUUCGAUCGGGACACCUGGCGGGUUUACGAGUUCAUUUGCCGUCACUUUAUGGGCACCAUAUCGCGUGAUCUGAAGUAUCGCACGACAACGGCCAAGCUGAAAGUUGGCCUCGAGACGUUCACGUGCACGGCGAAUGUCCUGCUGGAUGCGGGCUUCACGAAAGUCAUGACCUGGCAGGCCUUCGGCAAGGAUGAGGCAAUGCCGCCAUUCGUUCAGGGCACACAGGUGGCCAUCAAUGAUGUGCGCCUGGCCGAAAGCCAAACUGGUCCGCCCGACUAUCUGACGGAAGCGGAGCUGAUCACGUUAAUGGAACAGCACGGCAUCGGCACCGAUGCCUCCAUACCCGUGCACAUCAACAACAUCUGUCAGCGCAACUACGUGAAGAUCGAGACGGGACGCAAGCUGAUACCGACGACAUUGGGCAUUGUCCUGGUGCACGGCUAUCAGAAGAUCGAUCCGGAGUUGGUGCUGCCCACGAUGCGCUCCGAAGUGGAGCGCAUGCUCACGCUCAUUGCCAAAGGAUCGGCGGACUUCAAUGAUGUCCUGCGACAUGCCAUCAAAAUCUUUAAGCUGAAAUUCGUCUACUUUGUGCAGAACAUCGCCAGCAUGGAUAUGCUCUUCGAGUCAUCCUUUUCGCCGCUGGCCGAGUCGGGAAAAGCGCAUUCACGAUGCGGCAAAUGUCGUAGAUACAUGAAGUAUAUACAGACGAAGCCCGCUCGCCUGUACUGCUCGCACUGCGACGACAACUAUACGCUGCCCAAUGGCAAUGUGAAGGUUUAUCGGGAAUUCAAGUGUCCCCUGGACGAUUUCGGUCUGCUGGCGUUCUCGACGGGCGUGAAGGGUCGCUCGUUUCCGUUCUGCCCGUAUUGCUACAAUCAUCCGCCGUUCAGGGAUAUGCCGAAAUUCGGCGGCUGCAACACCUGUACGCAUCCCACCUGCCCUCACUCGCUCAACACGCUGGGCAUAUCCAGUUGCGUGGAGUGCGAGACGGGCGUAUUGGUACUCGAUUGCACACUGUCGCCCACCUGGAAGCUGGGCUGCAAUCGCUGUGAUGUGAUCAUCAAUUGCUUCAAAGGUGCCACCAAAAUAACAGUCGAAGAGAACAAGUGCAGCGAGUGUGGAGCACAGCUGGUGAAUGUGGUCUACAAAUCGGAUAAAUCGAAAUUCAAGGAUGGCAGCGAGGAGAAAAGCGGCUGCGUUUUCUGCUCUAGCGAAUUUUCCCACCUGGUUGAGAAGCAUCGGGCGGUCGCCUCGCGUCAGGUGCGCAGUGGCGGUCCCUCGCGUGGCGGCGGCGGCGCUGCCGGCCCAGGCGCUGGCAACGCACGUGGCGGACGACAUGGUGGACGCCCGCCAAAGGAUAAAAUGGCACAACUGGCUGCAUAUUUUGUUUGAUCAAACACUGCCCAACACUGGCCUCUAAUUCAAUUUGCAUUUAACUAAUCUAGAAAUCGAGACUUGGCAGUAAAUAAACAAAAUUUGUAUAAAUAGAAUUA